CAGCUGGAGGAGAGAAAGGAGUAUUGAAGACAGCGGAGAGAGGAGCCAAGUGGAACAACAUCACUAAUCAUCGCUUCACAAUAACGUCUAUUUUUUUGUUACCUUCAACAAUGGAUAACUGAAUGGCAAAAUACAGUUUGGAUUACAUUAGAAGGACAUUAACUAAAGCCAACAGCUUGAGACAAGGGAGUCUUUGAUUUGGAAGUUUGGAUGAAUUCACUACAAGGAAUCAAUCCAGGAAGGGGCAGGAUUGGGGUGUGUUGACAAAAGAGGCUCACUUAACCCCUACCUCCCCUCAAAAUGGACAUCUCUGGCCAUUUCCAUGACUCUGGGGUGGGAGACAUGGAUGAGGAUGUCAAGGGUCAGUGUCCCUCCUCUGGGGAUGAACAGCACCAUCCCCUCAUGACACAAGUGAACCAGCUCCAAAGCCAGCCUGUGAAUCACAACUUGUUGAACUCUUCUUCCCCCACUGCUUUCAGGCCCCCUCCUUCUUCAAAUUCCACUGUCCUCCUCUCUUCUUCUAGACAGGGUAGCCAACUCAACCUAAAUGAUCACUUGGUUGGUCACUCUCCAACUUCAGCAGCAAACAGUGGAGCUGGAGGAGGGGGUUGCAAGCACAGGCAGGCAAGCCCUCUAGUCCACCGAAGAGACAGCAACCCAUUUACGGAGAUAGCCAUGAGUUCUUGCAAGUACAGUGGAGGGGUCAUGAAACCCCUAAGCAAGUUAAGUGCCUCCAGGAGGAACCUCAUCGAGUCAGAACCCGAGAGCCAGCCCCUCCAGAUCUUCAGCUCCGGUAACCCGCCGGAAAUUGUAAUUUCCUCCAAGGAGGACAAUCAGUACCACCAUGCCAAUCAGAACCUGUUUCAUGCCAAUCAGAACCACCAGCACAGUGGCACCAACAGUUUGAGCAGCUUCCCCAAAGUGAACAAGAGGAAAAACCAGAACAUUGGCUACAAGCUGGGGCAUAGGAGGGCACUUUUUGAGAAGAGGAAACGACUUAGCGACUAUGCCCUCAUUUUUGGAAUGUUUGGGAUUGUUGUUAUGGUGAUAGAGACAGAACUCUCUUGGGGUGUAUUCUUAAAGGACUCCUUAUACUCUAUGGCCCUGAAAUGCCUUAUCAGUCUCUCUACCAUAGCGCUGCUGGGAUUGAUUGUUGCCUACCACGCGAGAGAAGUGCAGCUAUUCGUCAUCGACAAUGGGGCAGAUGACUGGAGGAUAGCCAUGACCUGUGAACGUAUCUUUUUUAUCAGCUUAGAACUGCUAGUCUGUGCCAUCCACCCAAUCCCAGGGGAGUACAAGUUCCACUGGAAAGCCCGUCUGGCUUUCUCCUACACACCGUCACAUGUGGAAGCAGACAUCGAUAUCAUCCUUUCUAUUCCCAUGUUCCUGAGACUAUACCUAAUUGCCAGAGUAAUGUUACUACAUAGUAAGCUAUUCACAGAUGCCUCCUCCCGCAGCAUUGGGGCACUCAAUAAAAUCAACUUCAACACUCGCUUUGUCAUGAAGACCCUUAUGACCAUUUGUCCAGGAACAGUUCUUCUUGUUUUCAGCAUCUCCCUUUGGAUCAUUGCAGCUUGGACUGUUCGUGUUUGUGAGAGGUACCACGAUCAGCAGGAUGUGACGAGUAACUUCCUGGGUGCUAUGUGGCUCAUCUCAAUCACGUUCCUUUCAAUUGGCUACGGUGACAUGGUACCACACACUUACUGUGGCAAAGGGGUCUGUCUCCUGACUGGCAUCAUGGGUGCAGGUUGUACUGCUCUUGUGGUCGCUGUGGUUGCACGGAAGCUUGAACUCACCAAAGCUGAGAAGCACGUACAUAACUUCAUGAUGGACACACAGCUAACUAAACGGAUCAAGAAUGCAGCUGCAAAUGUUCUGAGGGAGACCUGGCUGAUCUACAAGCACACCAAGCUCCUACGAAAGAUUGACCAUGCCAAAGUGAGAAAACAUCAGAGGAAGUUCCUGCAGGCCAUUCACCAGUUACGCAGUGUAAAGAUGGAGCAGAGAAAGCUAAGUGAUCAGGCAAAUACACUAGUUGAUCUCUCUAAGAUGCAGAAUGUCAUGUAUGACCUGAUUACAGAGCUGAAUGACAGGAGUGAAGACCUGGAGAAACAAAUUGUCAGCCUAGAAUCCAAGCUUGAACAGCUGACCUUCAGUUUCAAUACGCUACCAGGACUUAUAGCAGAAACACUCCGGCAGCAGCAACAGCAACUCAUAACAGCCAUAGUGGAAACACGAGGUGUAAGCAUUGGGGUGGGAAGCCCACUUUCAGAUAGUUCGGUCCAGGUUAGCCCCACCUCCCUCCCUACUCCGUACACUAGUUCAAGCAGCUGCUAGGCUAUGUCAAUGCUUCUUCCUGUGUUUGACUCCUAGAUCAUUAUGGUCCUAUUAAAUGCCAAGUAAGGCAUGACUGAAAGUGUUCGGCUACAGGUGUACAUCAUACUUAACAGAGUAACACCAGAGAUCUUGCUAACUCUUGAAGAAGAAAUGGAUAACAAUCAGUUUUCAACAGUUAGUGGUCAGUAGUUAGUAAACUUUUGGUCAAUAUUAACAGUCAUAGGCCAGAAAAUGGUUAACAGUAAUCAAUUUCAGUGGCCAUUGAUCAGUACAGUCUGUGACCUGUGAUUAAUGAUCAGUAUCUGCAGACACUGGUCAGCAGUCAGUGAUACUCAAUGGUCAGAAUCAGUGGUCACUGUUCAAAAUUCAUUGCUUAUUUAGGGAACCAGUGUCAAUAACUGAAGCUAUGAUUAGCCACAGGCAUGUUAAAUGGAAGCAAAAAGAUACAGACAAAAAACAAACUUUUUUUUACAAAUUUUAUCAACCUCUUGAGAAUUCUGGAUACUGGGAUGGUAUCUUGGUAUCCCAAUGGUGGUGGAUUCAGUAUUUUUUUAUUUUUUACUUUACUCUCAGGUCUUUAGUUCAAAAAAAACCUGCAGCACAUGUGAUGGUUUGCAAGCAGGCUAUAAAGCAUUUUUUUCUUUAGCUCAAUAUAAAGAAGUAUCAAUUCCCCUCCAAAUACAUACACAUCUGCAUGCAUGUUCCCAGACACACACACACACACACACACACACACACACACACACACACACACACACACGCACACACACUCACACACAAGCAU